UAUAGGUGUGUCGGGUGAAAUUAUCCCAUACAUGUUUACUGUUUGCUGUCUAUUUUAUUAAUACCAGGCACCGUGACAUGCAGGUUUUGCAAUCAUUACUGCAAAGAAAAGGAGUUCCCCGUGUAUACAUUAAGUUUCUGAUUAUUCAGGAAGUUUUGAUUUAUGGAUGCUUUAUACAUUCUUUUUUUUCCCUUGAAGUCUAAAUUAGCUGGAUUCAAAAAGUUGGAGACACUUCUAGGAAGGAAUGAUGGCCACAUACCAUAUUGUGUAUGGAUGUCUUCACCAGUUAGAUCUACGGGCAAAGCCACCAAGGCCGAUUUUAACUCUUUUAACCUAGCAUUAGAAAAAGGUUCGUCAGUCAAGCAGAACUUGCCUGGGAAGAAGACAUUGAAGAGGAAAGGCAGCACACAGGUAGAAGAGGCUGCCCUGACCAGGCACAAAAUAAAGAAAGGUUCAACUGAGGACCUCAGUACUGUUCCAAACCAGCAGAAGUCAGCCUGCAAUCUAAGUUCAGACAGUAAGGCUGCUGUUAAUAAGGGGAAACCCAAACUGAACACUAGCAAUAGCGGUUUUACGUACACUACACAAGCUAUAGUGUCGGAGGCUGAGCUUACAAACGGAUUAUCGAUCAAAGGAAAAGCCUUAGCUUCGGGAAGAACAGUCAGAAAAUCCUCGACGCGAUCUAGAAAUAGUUCUUUUUCUGACAAGUCCGACAGUUUUGCUGUGAGGGCUGAAAACCUUAACGACUUAUCUCAACUCCAACCCGCCAAGAGACAAACUCGCUUCAGCUCGGGAUCAUCAAGUGCUAGUUCAGUGUUUGGAAAUUUUGGAGGAGGAGGAGGGGGAGGAAGAACAGGUCGAAGGUCGUGUUCUAGUGCCAGUGAAAGUUCCAACUUUGGUGCAGGACAGAGUCAAAGCCAGGCUUCUUUGGGGUCUUCAUCCUCAGGCAGGGCACUGAGAUCUAAUCCCUCAGCCACCCUCAGUGAAGGCCUGCCUCCUCUUAGGAGGAGCACACGUAAUACAAAGAACACUCAGAGUAGUGGUCAGAAAGCACUGGGCAGUAGUGACUCCCCAGCUCUAACACCAAAGGAUAUCCCAUUGCCUGCAACUGGGGUGGACAGCUUAUUGAACCCAGGGAAGGCUAGUAAUAGGAAGAGACAAGCAUCGGGGGCAUUGUCACAGGAGCUGCACUCAGCAACUGCGAGUGCCGAGUCUGUGAACAGAAGUAGCAACAGUUGCAGUAAAAGUGCUUUGUCAACAACGACUGCAUCGUCAGCGGUUCAAAGGAAAAGUAAAAACGAGCCCUCAGCAGAGAAAAGGCCCAAAAUUGACAAUAAGAAGCACCAGAAAAGCAACAACCCCAGCACAUCUAAACAGAGAUCAGGAAGUAAGAGCCCUACUAGGAAGAAUAGUUCACAGAAGGGGGUUAGUGUUUGUCCAACUAGGAAGAAGAAAAACAUCAGUUCUAAGAACUCCAAUACUGAUAAUAAGAACAGCAGUGGGACUAAUUCCACGGCUUUUAAAGCUGCCAGAGGCAGUAAUAAAGGACUUGCUGCAGGAGAGAAGAAAAACAAACUACAGAAGUCCCCGUCCAAGCUUCCCAGCUUGAGGCGGAGCACACGCACUAAAAAGACGGGUUCGUGUGCCAGUAGCAAUAAUCGACGUUCCUCGUCAGUGACCAAGCGAGAGGGAGCCACCGGUGCACCAACCAGCAGUACUGGUCAAGGUGGAAGUGGAGGGACGUCGAAACCACAGACAGCAAUGGCCGACCAGAAUGGGGAAUCAUCAGGAACAGCCCCCCUGGGUCCUACAGAUGAGGCUGCACCAGGGGCAUCAGGAUUGCAGGCCUCCAGUUCUGCCCUGGGAGCCUCAGCAAUGGCCACAUCAGAGAGUGAGUCAGAGGAGGCAGACAUGGGCAGGCUGCAGGCCCUGCUGGAGGCCAGGGGGCUGCCCCCUCACUUGUUUGGUGCUCUAGGCUCCAGAAUGCACCAGCUGCUACACCGCUCCAUGAGUGGAGGAACAAUCACCAAAGCCCAGCAUUUGCUGCAGGGACUACAAGCCGUGGGAGAUGAAGGACAACAGUUAACUGCUGCCAUAGAAAUGUGUCAGUUACUGGUGAUGGGCAAUGAAGACACCCUGGCUGGCUUCCCUGUCAAACAAGUGGUCCCGGCCCUGAUCACCUUACUGCAGAUGGACCACAACUUUGACAUCAUGAACAAUUCCUGCCGUGCUCUCACAUACAUGAUGGAGGCACUGCCACGCUCCUCUGCGGUGGUGGUGGAUGCAGUGCCGGUCUUCCUGGAGAAGCUGCAGGUCAUUCAGUGCAUGGACGUGGCAGAGCAGGCGCUCACGGCCCUGGAGAUGUUGUCAAGGAGGCACAGCAAGAGUAUUCUGCAGGCGGGAGGAAUAGCUGCCUGCCUGAUGUUCUUGGACUUCUUCUCCAUCACAGCACAGAGGUGUGCACUGGCCAUCACUGCCAACUGCUGCCAGAACAUGAACUCUGAUGAAUUCCACUAUGUUAGGGAUUCUCUGCCCCUGCUCAGUGGCAGGCUGAGUCAUCAUGACAAGAAGUCAGUGGAGAGUGUGUGCCUGUGCUUUAGUCGCCUGGUGGAUAACUUCCAGACAGAUGAGAGGAUACUUAAAGAAAUAUCAGCACAUGGACUGCUGACUAACAUACUACAGCUGUUGGUGGUCACUCCCCCAGUGGUGAACACAGGGACAUUUGUGACAGUGCUGAGGAUGCUGGCAGUGAUGUGUGCCUCCUGCCCUGACCUGGCCGUGGUCUUGCUCAAAUCUAAUAUUGCUGAUACCUUAUGUUACUUACUGGUGGGCACUUCGGAGACUGCCUCACAGGGAGUAGAGUUGGUCACAAGAACACCACAGGAACUAUAUGAAAUAGUCUGUCUCAUUGGGGAGCUGAUGCCCAGCUUACCGAAUGAUGGCGUGUUUUCUGUGGACUCCCUGCUGAGGAAAGGCUGCACAACGAAUACAGACGCCGUCAUAUGGCAGUGGAGGGACGACAGAGGGAUAUGGCACCCUUACUCCCUGAUAGACAGCAGAAUUAUAGAGGCCUCCCAUCAGUCCGGGGAAGAUGAGGUCAGCCUGUCCACUAUGGGUAGGAACUACUCCAUAGAUUUCAACUCGAUGCAGCAGAUCAACGAAGACACGGGGACUUCACGCCCAGUACAGCGAAAACUGAAUCCACUUGCAGCUCACGGCUCUGCCGCAGCCAGCAACAACUGUGGCGUGGUUCGGAGUGAUUCGCGAGCAGAGAUCCUAAAGGAGGACAUGGAUCUUGCCUCCUCAUUCAUCAAGGCCUUGUUUGCAGUGCUGUACGAAGUCUACAGCUCAUCUGCUGGUCCAGCUGUACGCCACAAGUGCCUGCAGGCCAUCCUUAGAAUGGUGUACUACGCCACUCCAGAAUUGCUCAAAGAUGUCCUUCAGAACCAUGCUGUGUCAAGUCAUAUUGCCGCCAUGUUGGCGUCCCAGGACCUCAAAGUGGUGGUGGGAGCCAUGCAGAUGGCUGAAAUCCUGAUGCAGAAGCUGGCUAAUAUAUUUGGCAUUUAUUUUAGGAGAGAGGGCGUAAUGCAUCAAGUGAAGAGACUGGCGGACCCUGCCAACUGGGAGCCCUCCCCCCAGAAGUCCACAGAUUCCGCCAGCACCCCAGUGUCCCAGACCUCCAGGGAGGAACUGAGGGCAGCCGCCACCAGUGUCAGCAGCAGCCUGGGCAGCAGUCUGGAGAAGGUGGACCUGGAUAAUAACUCCACCACACCAAACACUGUGGCAGGGGGAGCCACUGCUGCUACGCCAGAGGCGGCAUUGGAUAGGAGUCCUGGGUCAUCACAGAUGAGGCUGAGUGAUGUGUUAAAGAGAAAGAAGCCCCCAAAGCGGUCAUCACGUAGUUCCCGCAGCAGCAGUAGUGGGAAGACAGAUGAAAGUCCAAGUGCUAUGGAAACUGUGUUUGCCAGACUGGGAGGUGGAGGAGGAGGGGGCAGUAAUAACAGACCCACUCCAUCCAGUAGAGGAAAAACAGGAAAAGACACCAGCAAGUCUGGAGGAGCCACACCAAAGAGUUCCUUUUUAGCCAACCUGAACCCAGCCAGGUGGGGGAGGGCCAGCACCAGUGCCACCCCAGAGAGACCUGUCUCUACAAGGAUCAUUGUCCACCAGCAGGAAACCUUCAUAGUGAAGUCCACCAGCAACCCUAACCUGGUGUCCAACAGGGAGAAGGUGAAGACCUGGAUCAGAGAACAAGCUGCCCGUUUCAUAGAGCAGUACUUCAGUGAUGAGACUCAGGGUAGCAGUCAUCCAGCCAUGGAUAUACUGAAAAGGUUGUCAGUGGCCACAGAACAGCUAGCUAAUCUGGAGGAGGAUGCAGGUCUGGAGUGUCUACAGGUGCUAUCUACUAUCAUGAAGGACAGCGAUGUGUCCCCCUUUGAGAUCAUCCACAGUGGGUUUGUGGGCAAGCUGCUCAAGUAUAUCUCCUUGGCACAUGGAGUGGUGUCCAGGGAAGUGAAGAUUAGGAGAUUUCUACACGUCUUCCUCAACUGUCCACCUCCAGAUGUCACCACUGUCUCCCAGGUUGAGUUCUCAGAAAACCCUCCCUUCUCUCCUCUGAUCAGCAAGUUAGUGGGCUGCCUACACCAGCUAGAGCAGUUCCAGGUCAAAGUUCAUGACCUCCCUGGAGGAGGUACUGGCAACAGCAGAGGAUCCAGUGCUAUCAAAUUCUUCAAUACUCACCAGCUCAAGUGUAACCUAGUUCGCCAUCCAGCCUGCACCAACCUGCGCCAGUGGCGUGGUGGUCCUGUGAAGAUUGACCCCCUGGCGCUAGUACAGGCAAUAGAGAGAUAUCUAGUCAUGAGGGGCUAUGGGAGGAUUAGACCUGAUGCUGAUGACGAAAACAGUGAUGAUGAGAACUCUGAUGACGACUUAGAUGACACCAGGGCGGCAGUGUUUUUAACCCAAGGCACUGGCAGACACAAGCUGGAGUUCCUGAUGGGAGACCGGGUACUGCCCUAUAACUGGACCGUGUACCAGGCUAUUAAACAGUAUGGAUCACUGGAAGGAAGGGACGGCAGUGAGACGGACACUGACACAGAAAAUCCUUUUGGACACGCUGGCAUAUGGGUGCAGACACAUACAAUAUGGUACAGGCCAGCGCCAGAAGAGGACACCAAUGCAUCUCAGCCUACUAGUCCAAAGAAAACCAAGGCAGAGGGGAAGAGUCACAAGGCCUCGCCCAAGGGGAAGAAGGGAGAUGACCUGUGGCUUGGUGGUCAGUGUCCUCCUGUAGUGUUACCCCUGGAUAGAUACCUGUCCCCCAGCCUCCCAGACAGUGUGCUGGUCCAGGACCCGUCCCUGGAGGUGCUGGCCCUGCUCAGAGUGCUACACGCCAUCAAUAUUUAUUGGGGGGCGCUCUAUGAGACCAGCAGUUAUGAUCCCCUAGUGUCCAGUCUGGAGUUCUCCAGUAGUAAACUGAUAGCCAAGGCCAACCGCCAGCUACAGGACCCUCUAGUAAUAAUGACAGGAAACCUCCCCCAGUGGCUGCCUGAGAUUGCUGCAGCAUGCCCUUUCCUCUUCCCCUUUGAUACGAGGCAGAUGUUAUUCUAUGCAACGGCGUUUGAUCGUGAUCGUGCCAUGAUGCGCCUGCAAGACGCCACUCAGGACGCUGCAAACAAUGACACCAGUGAGAGAGUGGCACCUAGAUUAGACAGGAGGAAACGUGUUGUCUCUCGUGAUGAUCUCUUGAAGCAAGCAGAGAAGGUGAUGGAAGAAAUGGGCAAUAGUAAAGCACUGCUGGAAAUACAGUAUGAAAACGAGGUAGGAACUGGUCUAGGUCCCACCCUGGAGUUCUAUUCUUUAGUCUCCAGGGAACUGCGAAGGUCUGACCUAGACAUCUGGCGGGGAGAGGCCACCAAACUUAAAGAUUCUAGUGGUUGUGAUGAAGAGACCCUGUACAUGCAUUCCCCAUGUGGGUUGUUUGUUGCCCCUCUACCAAGAAGUGCCAAAGCUAGUCUGGUGACUAAAGUGAAAAAUAAGUUCAAAUUCCUUGGGAAAUUCAUGGCCAAGGCUCUCAUGGACUCUAGAAUGGUUGAUAUCCCACUGAGCCUGGUGUUCUACAAGUGGCUGCUGAACCAGGAGCAGAGUCUGGAUCACAGGGACUUACAGCACGUGGACACUGUCCUGUACAAGUCAUUCCAACAAAUGCAUCAUAUCGUCCGACAGAAGAAAAGGAUAGAGAGUGAUAAAUCUCAUACUCCAGAGAGCCGCCAGCUGGCCCUGAACAACCUUACCAUAGAUGGCUGCUCUAUAGAGGACCUCAGCCUGGACUUCAUACUGCCGGGGUAUGCCAACAUUGAGCUCAAGAAAGGAGGCAAGGACACUGCGGUCACUCUGGACAAUUUAGAGGAAUAUCUCAAUCUGGUGGUUCACUGGACAUUAGUGGAGGGGGUGUAUAGGCAGUUUGAGGCACUGAGGGAGGGCUUUGAGUCUGUCUUUCCACUGAGGCAUUUACAGAGUUUUUAUCCACAUGAGCUGGAGCAGCUGUUCUGUGGCAGUAGCCAGGAAUUGUGGGAGAUGAAGAGCCUGAUGGAGUGCUGUCGCCCAGACCACGGCUACUCUCAUGACAGCAGGGCCGUGAAAAACCUGUUUGAGAUCCUCAGCUCUUACACCACAGAGGAACAGAGGAGCUUCCUGCAGUUUGUUACUGGCUCUCCAAGGUUACCCGUGGGAGGUUUCAAGAGUCUGUCUCCACCUCUGACAAUCGUCAGGAAGACCUUCGAGCCAAACGAGAGUCCUGACCACUUCCUGCCUUCUGUGAUGACGUGUGUCAACUAUCUCAAGCUACCGGACUAUUCCAGUAUCGAGGUGAUGAGGGAGAAACUGAGGAUAGCUGCUCAGGAGGGACAGCUGUCUUUUCAUCUUUCAUAGCACUGGGUCUGAUAUGGCAGAGUGUAGGCCAUGGCUUUACUGAGGUUUCUUAUUUGCAUCAAAGAAGAACAUAAUGGUUAGAGAGAGAUACGUGGAAUGCAAAUAGCAAGAUCAAAAGGAAAUGGCCUUUUUUGGUUGCUACAUCAAAUGUUGUAUCAUAGUGAAAUGGAUAGUUUUAGCACCAGCAUGGGCAAGAAGGUGAAAAAGCCAAAUUGUCACCCCACAAGAGAAAAGCUUCCGGGUAGAAAUAAACCCAAUUCAAAAGUGCUAGAAGUUUGGAUGUCACUUCGGGGAUUUGGAAUGUUAUUAACUCAAAGUUUGGAUUCGAAAUUCAGUUGGGAUAAUGUGCUACUUAGAACUGGCCAUUAGAGAUGCUAUUCAAGUGUAAGACAGCAUUUGACAUGUGAGCAUCAGAGACCACAGACACAUUGACAUCGAGGCUUUUCCACUGCAAUACAUUGUUCUGCCACACUGGAAGUGGUUUUUCAGAAAUUCCCGUGACAAGGGGAAUUCUGAUUCAGUUCUGUUGCUUAACUUAAGAAUGAAAAGUGACAAGGAAGCUUUUGAUACAAUAAAAGACAAAAAUUUCAGGAUGUUUUAGCCUUUUUAAUUUUACCAUUUAUUUUCAAAACAGGUGAGAAACGUGGAGCAAAUGUGGAACAGAACUGUUAUUUGACCUGUAUGUGCUCUAUUUAAGCUAAAUCGGCUGCAUGAUACACAGCGAGUGAAAACUUGAGCACAGGAUGGACUGUCAAAAUGUACCAGGGUGAAAAAUAGUGCAGAAACAUCUUGUUUGUACUUGUUACAGUAUGCUCUGAACUGUGGUAUUGUUAAAUUUACAUUUUACGUGUCGUGACGGGUCACAUUGAAAAAGGCAAAUAGAGACAAUAUUGUGGAUUUACAAAGGAAAAAAUGAUGUGCCACGAAUCAGGAGUUGGUACACUUGUAAGUCAUGUUGAAAAAGAAGAAAAAAUGGAGAGAGGCCAUGUCAUUUCAUUUUCAAAGCAAAAAAUUUCAACAUGACAUGAAUUUAUUUAGGCCAAAACAUACUGUUAUAUUUAUAUAAAUGUAGAUAACAUUUUGGUGGAGAAUAUAUAAGCCAAGCUGCACCAAAUUUUACUUUGUUAAACAUAUUGUUUAACAUUCUAUAGAUUGUUUUCUAAACUAGGCCAUGUGUUUGAAUUGCAUGGUAAUCCCCCUCCCAAAAAUGUUGCUGUUGUCAGAUCUAUGAAUGUGAGAGAGUAGUUGAGCGAAUGUGGAGAGAGAGAGAGGCUGUAAAUUAUUCAAGACUCUAAAAGAGUUCAAGUUUAAGUGUUAAUAACCUAGUAAUAUUAGAUAAGAAGUGAUGCAUCACUGUUGUGGUACAGGAAGUUCUACCCUUCUUCCUCUGUAACUUUAUACCAGCAUAUUCACUUUCAUUGUCGCGUAAUACUGGUAAGUUUGAAACCAGAAAUGCCAUUUACUCCAAGGAAAAUGUCUUUAGGGGGUUCUUCGAGAGGUCAGAAUAAAAUUGUCCGGAGCAGUUGGUUUAGCUUCCUACAAAAGUGAAUUUAAAUGCUUACCCCUUUUUACAGUUCUAAUCAAACUUAAAUCGUGGGUCGUAUUUACAAAACCACUAGAUUUUUUUCUUCAUUUUUUUUGGUUGUCUGUAAAACAUUUUUGUUUGGGUUUUGAACUUGUGUAUAUUCUUUUUAUAACAGAAAAGGUGUUGAAAUUACAGUGUAUUUAUUUAUGGAGAACUGUAGUAACAAACUACAUUGCUAUUAUAUCUGUCAGUAGUACUUGGUGACAAAGAAGUAACAUUCAUGACUACUUGCAAUAAAUAAAUUGGUUGGUUUUGACAAUACUUAUAGACUUUAUUUUUCUGCACUUCAAUUGUUUACUUUGCAAGAAAACUUGGGAAGAGCCCAGGUCUUAGAUUCCAACCUAAUUAGCCGUGACCUAAUUGUCACUCGAUUUGUAGCAAUCAUCAUUUCAAAGCUUUGUUCAAAGACUGGAAUUGCCUGUACUAAGACUGGAAUUGCCUGUACAGAUAUGAACUGAAGUCCUCAUCAGCCUGUGUUUCAGUCCAGUUUUCUCUAAGCACCAGAAAGGUGUAUUCAAGAUGUUGAUAUGAUUCUAUAUGUGUGCCACAAAGAGAGCACAGGUGAUACUCAAUACUUCAAAUAGUGAACAUGUUUAGAUUUUGCUUUAAAACUUAAUAAGUAACUAAAUAUUGGAAAAUAAAAAUCAAAGGUUGCAAA